UCAACUAAAUUUUUUUUUUCGUCUCCGAAUUUUGUGCAAAAAUAUCUUGCAUGCGUUUUUAAUUGAAUCCAGUUUUAAAGUGCCCAUAAACUUGGACAAGUCGAAAAAAUUGUAUUUUCUACCGAAGAAGAAAAACUGAAUUCGUGUGUGUAGGAAGCGAGAAGAGAAAAAAGAUGGCACAAUCUUCACAAAUUUCCAAAACUACCAUCAACGAUUUGCGUCAAUUUCGUCUUCAAAAAGCCAAUGAUGCCGCAAAAUCUGAACGUAUUCCUGGCAAGAAACGCAUCGCAAUUCUGCCAGACAGUGACGAUAGUGAUGGUAACGACUCGACAGUCGUCAGCAACGCUCCAAAGAAAAACAAAAUCGAGCUUACAGUAAUAGACAAAGAACAGCGAUUUGCGGCAGCUGCAAAGAUUUCACCACAAUAUGACACGAUGGACAUCCAAGAUUCGCUGGUUCGAAAUAACUGGGAUGUUUCCAAAUCAGUUCAAUAUCUAAAAGAGAAUGCAAAGCCGAAAAGUGCAGCUAUCCGAUUGGGUCCGACUAACCAAAAUUCCUCAGUAACUACUGCCGACUCACCAACGAAGGUCGCCGCAUCAGAAGCCAUGACCACGUCAACUACUACAACCACUUCUGCUGCGGCAUCUACAAAUGGCGCGUCUCGUGGACAUCGUCCGCCCAAAUCUCGCCGUCAAUCUAAUUCUUCGGACGAUGAUGAUGACUCUCGCGAUGGUUACAAGAAGCAACAGAAUGCCCUGGUCUAUGACAGCGAUGAAAGUGACACCGAAUCGAACAACAAGGUGACAAAACAACGACAAUCGGUUUUGGAUUUUUUCAACACUGCCGGCAGCUCGGAAUUGUUGACGGUAAAGACAUGCUCCGAACGAAAAGUCGCCGCUAUUCUUGAGUUGAGGCCGUUCACCAGUUGGGGUGAUCUGCGCAGGAAAGUACAAUCGCAUAAAGUCCUCAAUGGAGAUGUUCUUAAUUACUGCCAAGAAUUGAUUAACAAACAAAAUAAUGUCGCCGAGUUGUUGACUAAGUGUAAGAAGCUGGUGAAGAAACUAGAGUGUGCAGUUGAAGCUGGAGCAGGAAUUACUGAGCAACCUACAUUACUAAACAAAGACUUCAAACUUGCCGACUAUCAAAUUAUUGGACUUAAUUGGCUAACAGUUAUGCAUAAUCAAAAAAUGAAUGGCAUAUUAGCUGAUGAAAUGGGCUUAGGAAAAACAAUUCAAGUUAUUGCAUUCCUAGCUUACCUAAAAGAAAAUAACUUACAAAAAGGAGCUCAUCUAAUAGUUGUACCAUCAUCAACGUUAGAUAAUUGGCAAACAGAAUUGUUUAACUGGUGUCCCAGUUUAGUUGUAGAAAAGUAUUAUGGUAAUCAAGAUGAACGACGAAGAAUGAGAAUACGUUAUGCUAAAGAAGGAUUCAAAGGAUUUGAUGUUUUACUUACAACUUAUCACCUUGUAUCUUCAACUCCAGAAGAGCGCAAAAUGUUUAGAGUAUGCAAAUUGCAUUAUGUUGUUUUUGACGAAGCCCAUAUGCUAAAGAAUAUGACAACAGCUAGAUAUUCGAAUUUGAUUGGCAUAAACGCAGAGAUGAGAAUUCUCCUCACUGGAACACCGUUGCAGAAUAACCUAUUGGAAUUAAUGUCGCUGCUAUGUUUUGUUAUGCCGUCAUUUUUUGCAAAGAAAAUUGAUGAUAUUAAAACUCUAUUUGUGAAGAAAGUAAAAAAGGAAAAUGAAGAUUCGUCACAGUUCAAUGAUAACCAAGUGGAUCGGGCCAAACGAAUUAUGAAACCCUUUGUCCUGAGAAGAUUAAAGAAGGACGUUCUCAAGUGUUUGCCCAAAAAAACUGACUACAUUCACAAAGUUCCGAUGUCAGCGAUUCAAAAAGAAUACUACAAAGAACUUGUGGAAUAUUAUACAAAUCAAAGGGGAGUUAUAUCUGGUACAGCUGAAGUUGCAGGUGUGUCUAUAAUGAUGGAUAUGCGAAAGGCAGCAAAUCACCCGCUACUGAUGAGACAUUACUUCAGCGAUGAGCGACUGAGGUUAUUCUCCAAACAGUUGGCUCUUACUUCAAGCUAUAAAAAACAGAACGAACAAUAUAUCUUUGAAGAACUAGCUGUGUUAUCUGACUUCCAAGUUUGGCAGAUAUGUGACAAACAUGGACUCGAUGACGUUACAAUUCCAAAUUCCCUAAUUCUGGACUCUGGUAAAUUCCAACACUUGGACAAACUGCUUGCAAAGCUCAAAGAAGAAGACCACCGCGUCCUUAUAUUCAGUCAAUUCACAAUGAUAUUGGAUAUUCUUGAGAGGUAUUUAGAAAUUCGUGGGCAUCAGUACCUUCGGCUGGAUGGCAGUACAGUGGUCGAGGAACGGCAAGACAUGAUAGACGACUUCAAUAAAGAUUCAGACAUUUUUAUAUUCCUCUUGUCGACAAAAGCCGGUGGUGUGGGUAUAAAUUUAACUGCCGCCGAUACGGCUAUCAUUCAUGACAUCGAUUUCAAUCCCUAUAACGACAAACAAGCCGAAGAUCGUUGCCAUCGCAUGGGACAGACUCGAGAUGUCAGUGUAUAUCGAUUGAUUUCAGAGGGAACCAUUGAAGAGGGUAUGUUAGUGGUGGCUCAGGAAAAACUCAAACUUGAGCAAGAUAUCAAUUCGGAGGGCGACAAUGAUGUACAAGAACAGAAAUGUAUGGUUAGGUUAUUAACAAUGGCUCUCGGCCUAAAUGAUGCUAAACAAGAAGACAGUGAAUCCAAGGAAACGUAGGAAUGGUUUAAGGUUUUGGGAAAUUCUAUUUAUAAAAUCAAUCUGUUAUACACACAUACCUACAGACACACACACACAAAAAUCAAACAUUGCUUUAUUUGUUAAGAUCGACGAUUUUUUGUUUAUUUUGUAUUUCUUUUUCUCUUAAAUUAAGGUCACAUUUUUAAUGCUAGUUUUAUAUAAAUUUAUACAUAUACAUAAUAAUAAAUUAUAUCUGAACACAAAAUAAAAAAAGAAAUUUAAAGUCCCGUAUAAAUAUAUGUCGAAAAGUUGAGAUUGCAGCCAACCCAAAAAUAGUUUGUUGUCCAUUUAUUCAUUUUUUUAUAAUUUAAUAUUAAAACUAUGAAUUUUAUUGUAAAAGAAUCGUAAAUUAAUAAAUUUAAAACAAAAACAGUAAAUGGUGAUCCAUGCUAAGGAAAAUUAUAUUUAUAAACUUAUAUAACUAAAGACAAAAACUGAGUUAUUUUUAUUCAUUUAUAAGUACAAAUGUAGUUUUAUAGAUGUAGUUAUUUUUCAAGUGUCUUCAAGGUGUCUCAAAGAAAAUAUAUUUGUUUUACUUAA